AUGACCGACGCCGGUUUCCGGCAUUUUCCGUUCACUUUAGACCCAUUUGCUCAAGAAUUCUGGCCCACCCAUAACAACCCCAUCGUCUUCCAUUUUCCGGCACCACCGCCGCCGCCGCCGCCGCCGCCACUCCCGCCGCCAUCAACCGUUCCCACACGUUCCUUACUCCUGAGCCUAGUCCCAAUCACCGUCAGCGAGUCCAUCGUCCGGCGAGACUUGGAAGUCUUUGGCGAUGUACGGGCCGUACAAAUGGAAAGGCUACGUGACGGAAUCUUGACCGUCCAUUUUUACGAUCUCCGGCAAGCUGUGAAAGCUUUGGAUGAGAUUAAAAAACAACAUAUGCAACAACAAUGUCGAUUAAGGAAACAUUUUGAUGGGCUUUUGAUGUCUUUGUCUCCGGUUAACAAUUUUGUCCCACCUUUGCCUUCACCUUCACCGGCGCGUGGACUACUCGCCGGAAGAGCUAUAUGGGCUCAGUUUACUUUUCCGGUCUCCGGUGGCUUUCCCGACGGUUAUAAUCAAGGGACUGUUGUUGUGUUCAACCUUGGUUCUGAUGUCUCUAAUUGUGUCAUUAGAGAAAUAUUUGAACCUUUUGGGUGUGUGAAGGAAAUUAGAGACAAUAAGAAAAACAAAAAAUUUGUAGAGUUUUAUGACACUAGAGAUGCUGCUAAGGCCGUUAUUGAGGUCAACGGCCAGGAAAUCAGGGGGAAACCGGUGGUCGUGGAGUUUAGUCGUCCGGGUGGACUAAAAAAUAAUUAUAAACUUAAUAAGUUCUUACCCAUUAGCCCCGGUGGCGUUCCUGUGAGGCCACUGGUUCCGCCAUACCGCGCUUUGCCAAUGUCUUUAAGUAAUGAUAAUGUGAAUUCACCUCCGGGCGGUGUGAAGAAAAAUGGGAAGAAUCUUAUAAAGCAUCAAUUGCCCAUCGGCGAGCAAAAUGGUAGGUGUGGAAGUGGCGGUGAGCGUAAUAAUAAGCAAUGGAAGGGAUCCCGAUACACUAGAGAAAAAUGUGAUGUGAGGUUUCUAAUGAAAGAAGAUGAUGUUGUUUCGAGUUUUAAGGAUUUAAGAACAACCGUUAUGAUCAAGAACAUCCCAAACAAAUACAGUCAGAAAUUGCUGUUAAAUAUGUUGGACAACCAUUGCAUACAAUGCAAUGAGCAAGUGGAGGCCGGUGAGGAUAAUCUACCGUUGUCGUCGUAUGAUUUCGUGUAUCUACCUAUCGAUUUCGUGAACAAAUGUAAUGUGGGAUAUGGUUUUGUGAACAUGACCACACCAGAAGCAACAUGGAGGCUACACAAGGCAUUUCAUCAUCGAAAUUGGGAGGUUUUUAACUCCAAGAAAAUUUGUGAGAUUUCUUAUGCUAGAUUACAAGGACUAGAGGCAUUAAAGGAUCAUUUCAAGAACUCAAAGUUUCCCCGCGAGGCGGAGGAGUACAUGCCGGUCGUAUUCACACCCCCACGAGACGGCCGGAUAGUGUCGGACCCUACCCCGAUCAUCGGCCGCGGUGGUAGCAGCAAUAGCAACAGCAUCGCUACCACCACCGUCACAUCGUCAUCAUCUUCAUCUUUGACAUCAGAAGAUCAAGAGGGUGGUGAUGAACUUGAUUUGAUGGUUGACAAUAGUAGAUCUUUCUAUGAUGAUGAUAAUUUGCUUGUAGUGGAAGACACCAAAUCUGACAUCGUCACCAUUACCUCUAGGUAAGGCUAAGCUAGAGUCAAACAUCAUUUUAUAUAUAUAUAUAUAUGGCGGCGAUGAGAUAUGAGAUGUGAUUGAUGGGCCGGGAGGAAUGGGGGGAGUGUUUCUUUUGUACUGUGCAUGGAUAUGGCAUCCACACAAUCAACAUCAGGAUUUCAUGCAGUAGCUAGCUAGCUAGUAGCCCUCCAUAUAUAUAUAUUUUUCAAUAUUUAAUUAAUGCCUACUUUAAUUUAUCAUCA